AUGGGUAAUACAAGUUCAAAGAAAUCCGCACCAUCUAGUGCCGCUGAAUCACUAGUUCUUAAUACCACGGCUAUUUCUGUUGUUGGACAACGAAAUCUAGAAAAUUUUGUUGUUAUUUGGUGUGAUAGUACUAUCGAUAAAACAACUGAGAGUUACCAAUAUCAAGUUUAUUUACGGCAAAUUGUUAAUUAUUUAAAGACGUUUAAUAAUCCUGAGCAUUGCCACGCUUAUAUUAAAAGUAUAAAAGAUGAAAAAAUAUUUCUUGUUAUUUCUGGUACAUUUGGACAGCAAUUAGUGCCGAUAAUACAUCCGUUACCGCAGCUGGAGUCCGUCUAUAUAUUUUGCAUUGAUCUAGAAAAGCAUAAGCUAUGGUCUAAGCACUAUGAAAAAGUACGUGGUGUAUUUGCCCAAUUGAAACCAAUUUGUCAGCAGUUACAAAAUGAUAUUGCUGUGUGUACAAAUGAAAUGAUAUCUAUGAAUGUCCUCAGCAGAGCAGUAUCAUCAUCAACGACUGCAACAGUAGCAUCAACGGCGAAUAUUAAUAAGCAAGAAGUUACAUUCAUGUAUUCUCAAUUACUGAAAUACCUAUUAAUUGAAAUGAAACACGAUGCAGUUCAUGCUAAUCAAGAAAUGAUUGAGGAAUGUCAACAACAAUAUUUGCACAAUGAUAAAGAUAUACAAAUUGUUCAUGAAUUCAAAGAAAAAUAUCAACGAGAACAUGCCAUCUGGUGGUAUACGCGUGAUUGCUUUUUAUAUCGUAUAUUAAACAAAGCACUACGAAUGCAAGAUGUUGACAUUUUAUAUAAAUUUAGAUUUUUUAUUGCUGAUCUUCAUCUACAAUUAAAAGAAACAACAAAUAUAAAGUCUAUGAUAAUCGUCUAUCGUGGACAAGGUAUGAAUGUUAAUGAAUUUGAAAAUUUAACAAAAACAUGCGGUGGGCUAUUAUCAAUAAACCAUUUUUUGUCUACAAGUAAGAACAAAAAAAUAGCAUUGUCAUUCGCCAGUCAAUCAAUAAAUCGUUCGGGAAUUGUAGCGGUUUUAUUUGAAAUGAAAAUAAAUCCAAAAAUUCGUAAAAGCCCAUUUAGUGAUAUUUCAAAAUUAAGCUUUUAUCCUAAGGAAGAUGAAGUUCUAUUUUCUAUGGGCACUGUUUUUCGAAUUCAAUCAGUUGAGAAAGAUAAAAAAAACGUCGGUAUUUGGAAUGUAUCGUUAGUAUUGACUGAUGAUGAAGAUGAAAACUUGAAGCAAUUAGAAGAACACCUGAAAAAAGAGAUUGAAGCAGGUAAUAAUGCUGUACUGUCUCUAGCAAAAUUAAUGUCUGCAAUGGGCGAUUUUGAACGAAGUGAACAUUUUUAUCAGCUAUUAUUAAAUGAUAAAACAAUGACACAUCCUUUUGAUCUUUGUGUGUUAAAUAAUGAUUUAGGAAAUAAUUACAGAGAUAAAGGUGAUCUUGUACGAGCUACUGAAUGCUUUCAAACAGCUCUACGAUUGGGUCUAACAUGUCUACCAUCCACUGAUCAUCGAUUAGCAACAAUGUAUAAUAACAUUGCCUCUAUAUUCUAUGAUAAAGGAGAGUACGAUCAAGCUGCGGAGUAUUUACAGAAAGCAGUUUCCAUUCUUCGUUCAAAUGAUUUAUCAACACCGAAAUUGUUGUUAGAAUUAGCGCGAUGUUAUAAUAAUAUUGGUGAAAUAUAUUCUAAUCAGAGAAAAUUUGCUGAAUCAUUAGAAUUUCUCAAUAAAUCAUUGGAAAUUCGUCGAAAUAAUCUGCCCCCAAAUCAUCCUGAUAUUGCUACGGUUUAUAAUAACAUCGGUAUGUUAUACAGUGCUCAAAGUGAUUCUUCAACAUCACUAAAAUAUUUGGAAAAAACACUUGAAAUCAAGGUAAAUUCAUUACCACCUGGCCAUCCAGACUUUGCUCUAACAUAUAAUAAUAUGGCAAUGGCGUUCUAUCGGUUGGGAAAAUAUGAUGAGGCAAUGAAUUAUAUCACUAAAGCAGUUACUAUAGCUAAUACAUCAUUCCCACCUGGACAUCCAUAUAUUGCCGGCUUUCAAAACAAUUUGGAACAAAUCCGUACAUUACAAUCAAUUGCUAUACGUAUGGAUGCUCUACAAUUAAAGGAAAAUUAA